AUGGGAAGCCUGCGACGCUCAGGAGCAGAAACGCAGUCCUGCGUCUUCCACGCGCCCUGUCCGGCACCUCCCGAGCCCAGUGAAGGAGGAACGGCUCCGGCUGCCACUCCAUCCAACAACAACACCACCACAGCGGAUGGCAGCGCAGCCAAUGUCUCACAAGAUUCGAAUGUGACGUGCAGGGAAAUCAUCGUUCGCGAAUGGCGCUCAGUCGGAGAGACUGCUGCCACGAGCCCGGCCGCGGCUGCAACUUCAAGUUCAAUUCAGACCUCGACGGGAGAUGCACCGGCCAGCACGAACCCAGGACCAACACCCAAUCUUCCGGUUAUGUUCACGAUUGAGGAGUUCGAGGCACAGGAGCGUCUACUCGCCCAUUUCCGGCAGACUCGGGACCGGCAGGCGCAACGAGGACAACGAGGACAACGAGGUGCCGGACGGAGAAGGCCUAGGGUCCGAUUUGAGUCAAGAGUACGGGUUGGCCGCGAAUGGAGGGAGUAUGAGGACUCGGAUGGAGAGGACGUGUGA